AUGGCCGACGGCAACGAGAACACCGUCGACAAAGGCACCAAUAAUCAACGACUCAAAUGGCAAGCCUCAGACGAAGAAACUGGUACUUUGCCUAACCAAUCUUUGCCACGCCAACGGCUCACUCGUACGCUUUCGGCGGCCUCGUCUGCGGCGUCGACAAGAGCAAAUAGACGAGCUACUGUUGAUCCGGCCGUUACAUUGCCCAUCCAUUAUCGCAGUUUGUCCUUUGAUAUCGACGAAGUUGGACAGCGAGAAGAAAUAAAAGCAAAGAAUGAUGGAAUUGCUAUUGAACUGUCAAACAUCGAAUGGCACACCCUCUCUACAACCUCACUCGAAAAACGCCUCCAAGUCGAUGUCGCCCAUGGCCUCUCAUCAGACCAGAUCCAGCAACGCCUGCGUGAAUACGGUAAAAACGUCCUUUCACCCACACCGCAUCGCUGGUUCAUGCAAGUAUUCGGCUACUUCUUCAAAGGAUUCGGCGUCAUUCUACUUGCCGGUUGUAUUCUAGUCUUUGUCUCGUGGAAACCACUCGGCGAUCCUCCUGCAGUGGCAAACCUCGCGCUAGCGAUUGUCUUGCUGGCGGUAUUCUUCAUACAGGCUGGUUUCAAUGCAUGGCAGGAUUGGUCUUCGUCCAGAGUUAUGGCGUCGAUUACCGCCAUGUUGCCUGAAAGUUGUAUCGUCAUACGCAACGCCGGGAACCAGGUGAAUAUUCCAGCGGCAGAAAUUGUGCCUGGAGAUGUUAUUCAGAUUAAAGCGGGGAAUAAAUUACCCGCUGAUGUGAGGUUUGUGCAUGUCUCGAAUGACGCAUAUUUUGAUCGGUCUAUACUUACCGGUGAAUCCGUCCCCGUCAACGGGACAAUCGAUGCCACCGAAGAAAACUAUCUCGAAACUCAAAACAUUGGUCUUCAGGGCACGCAUUGCGUAUCUGGUAAUGCGCUCGCAAUUGUCGUCUCAACGGGUGAUAAUACAGUCUUUGGUCGCAUCGCAAAACUAGCUAGUGAACCCAAACCUGGGUUGACCUUGCUUGAAAAGGAAGUUUUGCACUUCGUUGCGUUGAUUGUCGCUAUCAUGCUCACUAUGAUUAUUGUUAUCAUUAUUGUUUGGGCGACGUGGUUACGCAAGGAUCAUCCCGGAUGGAUUAAUGUGCCAACCUUGAUCGUGGACUGUGUCAGUGUUGCGAUUGCGUUCAUUCCAGAGGGUUUGCCAAUCAGUAUCACGGCGAGUUUGACAAUCACGGCGAAUAUCAUGAGGAAGAACCAGAUAUUGUGCAAGUCCCUCAAGACGGUGGAGACGUUGGGAAGCGUGAGUGUCAUUUGUAGUGACAAGACCGGGACACUUACUCGAAACAAAAUGUUCGUCACCGACUGUGCAAUUUCAACCUCGGUUUUCAACAGCCCCAUGACUGCCCGAGACGAGACCGUAUUGAAGGGUAAAUCAACCGGUGUUCACCAGCUUCGUGCUUUAUCUGGACUUUGCAAUGCAGCCGAAUUUGAUGCUGCAGCCGAGAAUAUGCCACUAAAUGAACGUCCCAUUUUCGGCGAUGCAACAGAUCAAGCUAUUCUUCGAUUCUCGGAACUUCUUGGCCCCGUUUCUGAAAUCCGUCGUUUGUGGAAGAAAACUUGGGAGCUGGCCUUCAAUAGCAGGAAUAAGCUCAUGAUUCGUACCUUCACAGUUGCAGAAUCGAAAGGGUUCGGAUUGGCCUUGUCACCAGUCGAAUCUAUGCAGUUCAAACCAGAGGAUACCCUGUUGACGAUCAAAGGGGCACCUGAUAUUCUGAUUGAACGGUGUGGGUACCUAGUAACUGCCGAUGGUAGUGUACAAACCCUGGAUGCAGAGACCUUGCGGCAGAUCAAAGGGAUAAAAGAUGAAUGGUCGAACAAAGGUAAACGAGUGAUACUACUCGCUCGCAAGGUUAUCGUCGCUCAGGAUAUCAUGACAACUCCUGGCAGUCAUGAAUACGAGUCGGAGAUUAUGCGACAAGCCAAGUCUGACUUGAUCCUUGUUGGCUUAGUUGGCAUCGUGGAUCCACCUCGUGAGGAAAUUCCGGCCGUGGUCAAGACGUUGAGACGUGCAGGUAUUCGUAUAUUUAUGGUGACUGGUGAUUUUGGGCUCACAGCACUCGCUAUUGCACGUCAAUGUGGGAUCGUUUCGGCUAGUCGUGUUGAAGAUGCUACUGCUUUACAACGAUACAACAGUGGAAGGGAGAUGAUCGUUGAUAAGCCUGAGCAUACCCCUUCAGCAAUUGUCAUCAGUGGCUCUGAACUUCUCAGCCUUAACGAUACACAAUGGGACCAGCUGUGUGGCUAUCAAGAGAUCGUAUUUGCACGUACAACACCCGAACAAAAACUUCGGAUCGUGCGCGAAUUUCAAUCCCGCGAAGAGAUUGUCGGUAUGACCGGUGACGGCGUUAACGAUGCUCCCUCUCUCAAAGCAGCUGAUAUCGGCAUUGCCCUGGGUAGUGGGUCAGAUAUUGCCAUUGAAGCAUCUGACAUGGUUCUCCUUGACUCCUUCUCUGCAAUUGUCGAAGCCGUGCAAUAUGGUCGUGUAGUCUUUGACAACCUGAAAAAGACAAUCAUCUACUUGCUGCCGGCCGGAUCAUUCUCUGAAUUCUGGCCCGUUUUCACCAACGUUGUCUUUGGCCUACCGCAAGUUUUGUCAUCGUUCCUGAUGAUUGUCAUUUGCUGUUUCACAGAUUGUGCCGCUGCCACUGUACUGGCAUAUGAGAAACCAGAGGCCGACGUUCUAUUACGACCUCCACGCAAUCCGCGCAAGGAUAAGCUGGUAGACUGGAAGCUGAUGCUCCACGCGUACGGGGUUAUUGGUAUCAUUCAGACUAUCUGCUCUUUCUCCAUGUCGUAUUGGUAUUUGCAACGCAAUGGUAUACCUUUUUCGUCGCUGUGGUUUGGAUUUGGGGCUGUCCCGGCGGGUAUUGACGAAGAGUAUUACUCUAACAAACUGAACGAGGCGUCAUCGAUAUACUUCAUAAACUUGGUCGUCAUGCAAUGGUUCAAUUUGAUGGCCAUCCGUACCCGCCGUCUCUCCAUCUUCUCUCACCCGCCAGCAUUCAACAAAGAGACCCAGAAUAUCCUAUUGUUCCCUGCGAUUAUAUUUGCGCUAGGAAUUGCAGCGUUUUGGCUGUAUAUCCCGCGCUUGCAAAGCGUGCUUGAUACCACUGGCGUACCGGCUGAGCACUACUUCCUGCCUGCGGCGUUUGGGCUAGGGCUGUUGAUUAUGGACGAAGGGAGGAAAGCUGCUGUUAGACGCUGGCCAGGUGGCGUCGUUGCGAAGUUUGCCUGGUAG